AGAAUUUAGAGCUCACAGGGAGAAAGAGAAACAAGAUCUCAUCAAGAACCUAAAGAAUAUUGGAAAUGGAAGUGUCUGUCCUGUUCUGAAGCAAACAAUCCCUUUUGGUAUUGCCUAUCACCAUAGUGGCCUUACCAAUGAUGAAAGAAAAAGUAUAGAGGAAGCAUAUUCUACAGGUGUCCUGUGUUUACUUGCUUGCACAGCUACUUUAGCUGCUGGAGUCAACCUGCCAGCUAGAAGGGUUAUUCUCAGAGCUCCUUAUGUUGCUAAUGACUUCUUGAAGAAGAACCAGUAUAAACAAAUGAUUGGCAGAGCUGGUCGAGCUGGUAUUGACAGUGCUGGAGAAAGUAUUCUCAUAGUGCAAGAAAGAGACAAACACUUGGUUCAGGAUUUAGUUAACAGUCCUUUGGAGAACUGUUACAGCAAUCUUCUGCUGGAGUUGACCAAGGGAAUGCAGAGCUUGUUGUUAUCUUUGGUCGGACUGCAGAUAGCAGUUACCCGUGAAGAAGUCACCAAUUUUAUGUGCAGUACAUUGCUGGGUGUUCAGCAGCAGCUGCUGUCUAAAGAGAAGAGCCUGUCAAAGAUCAUUAAAGAUGGGCUAGAAAAUCUAAUAGAAAAAGGACUCCUAAAACGAAGAAUAUCAGAGAAGGACCACAAUUCCAAAUGUACACUAGCAAUCACACCGUUGGGUAAAGCUACAUACAAAGGGUCUAUAGACUUGGCAUACUGCAAUCUUCUUUACAGAGAAUUGAAGAAAGGUUUGGAAGGGCUGGUGCUUGAGAGCAACCUUCAUCUUCUGUAUCUGGCAACUCCGUAUGAUAUGACUUCUAACUGUAGCCCGGAUUGGAUGAUAUACUUGAGACAGUUCAACCAGCUAAGUGCAGCAGAGCAAAAAGUAGUGGAUAUUGUGGGAGUACCUGAAAGCUUUAUUACAAAAAAGGCUUCUGGUCAAGCCAUCAGAAAGAAUGUGGACAGUGCUGUGGUAAACAGGCUGUACCUGACAUUUGUCCUUUAUACCCUGCUGAAAGAGACCAAUAUAUGGAGCAUUUCAGAGAAAUUUAAUAUGUCCCGAGGAUAUGUGCAAAAUCUCCUUAAUUCUGCUGCCUCAUUCGCCUCCUGUGUUCUACGUUUCUGUGAGGAAUUGGAAGAAUUCUGGGUUUAUAAAGCCUUGCUGACAGAACUUACAAAGCGGUUGACAUACUGUGUUAAGACAGAACUCAUCCCUCUAAUGGAGGUAGCAGGGGUUCUGGAGGCACGAGCAAAACAGCUUUAUAAUGCAGGCUACAAAACUUUAGCACAUUUGGCUAAUGCAAAUCCAGAAACUCUGGUCAGGAUGAUUGAACACUUGUCACGACGUCAAGCCAAACAAAUUGUUUCAUCUGCAAAGAUGCUGCUGAGUGAAAAAGCUGAGGCUUUACAAGAAGAAGUUGAGGUACUCUUAAAGGUGCCUACAGAUAUCCCAGGGACCUACUGACCAACUGUCAUGAAGAAAAAUCAUGAAUCAAAAAAUUGGGAUAUUUUAAAAUUUUUAAAUUUCUGGUGUAAAGCUGCUG